UAUCAUAAUACCAACAAAAAGUUGUUAAUUCUUCUGUCCUCAAGUUUCUUCCGAGGUCUUUCAAGAAUGGCAUAUCUCAAAAGAUCAUCUCCAACAUUGAAAGAAACACUCCUCAAGAUAUACCGUGCUGAAAAACCUAUCGAGAUCGAUCAACAUUUCUAUGAGUUUGGUUCGAUUCAAUAUCACAUCAAGUGCUCCGUUCUGGAUUCAAAUAUUGUGUAUAUAUCGACGUCGACGUUGCUUGAGACACAGGGAACAGUGAUGUCAAAUGAGAUUUUAAGUGACAUUUAUGAGGUGAUUAAGAAUAUUGCAGUUGGUGUGAUAGAUAUUGUUGAUCCACCAAGAUUAGGGUUUCAGUUGACCCUUAAGCUUCACCUUGAUAAUAUUCCGCGUGGCAAAGAAGCUAUUAAAAUCAUAACAAAAAUUUCUGAAAUACAAGCGUUGAUACUAAGUAGCCAAUUAAAAGAGAUGCUAAAACGCUUGAAUUUUCAAGAUAAUUCACAAGCGAUGAACAAUAACAACAACAACUGGCCCAUCAGGAUUGUUUAUCACCCAAGUGAACCUUUCUACGUCUUUAGACAGCCGGAGAAAAUUACGGCGGUGUUUCCAAUGAAUUUUAAAGACGACUCGGAUGUAGUCAUUGCUAUGUCAUUCUUCCAGGAACUAGUGGAAGUGGGAAGCCAAAAAGAAAUUGAAAAGGCACCACAAUGUAGUUGGUCACCAGUUCCUCCUUUCCAACUUAGGGGAGAACCGGUCCAAGACCUGACCACCAAUGCUGGUUUUGUCUCUUUUGAUAUCACUUCACGGCACGUUGAAGGAAAGAGACUAGACAAAACUGUUUGGAAUUUACUAAAUUUCUACGCAUACGUUAAAUACCAUAUUAAGUGUUCGAGAGGGUACAUACAGAGAAGGAUGAGAAAAAGAAUGGACAGUUUGGUGAAGCAGCAGCUAAAUAACACAAGACUCGAAGAAGAAGCUCCUCAAAAAGAAAAUGGAAGAUGCAAAUACGUAAAGGAGCUUGUGAAGGUACCAAAAGGAAAAUUGAUGAUGCAACAGAGAUGCAAGGAUAUGACAAGGAGAGUGAGGAUAAGUAAAUUCCGGAUCAAAAUCAACGGCUGUGCUCGAUUUAGAUUCAAUCAGCGAUGAAUAUAUCUCCCCAAAUUCUCUUCGAAAUCCUCAAAUAAAUCAUACACAAAAAUGGACUAAUAAAAUGUCUUAAACUUCGAAAGUAUAUAUGUAUACAUAUUUGCACAUAUAUGUGUAGUUUUGUUUGCUAAAAAUAUAUAUAUGUAAUUUUUGAUUCA